AUGUCUAAAAGUGAAAUCUCAUUUGAUUUUAAUGAAAAUCAAUCUGUUGAAGAAGUCAAGUCUUCUCAUCUGCAAACAAAAAGCUAAAGAUAAUUUAUAACUUCCUCUCAAAGUGGUAAAAAAGAAAAAUGA